AUGGGAAAUAGUAUUUUGCGUCGCAAACGUGGCACAGUUCGUGUGAAAAACAGUAAAUCUAAGGGAACAAAUAAUUCGGAAUCACCCAUCAAUAAUAAUGAAAUCGCAGAAACGACUAAUCUAAACACAUCUGAUGCAAAGAUAAUCGAAAAGAAGGAUGCUUCGAUAAUACCUAGUGGUCUUGAUGAAUCUAGAAAAACAACUGAAGCAAAUAAACUCGAACAUUCUCAUACAUCAGAAACAUCCAAUAAUGUGAGUAAAUCCUCUAAUGGCGAUGAAGCAGUCGGAAAAAAUGAAAUGAAUAGCCCCUAUAAUGAUAAACAAACGGGAAAGACAGUUCAAUCACAGAUAUCCGUCGAUGAAAAAAAAGUUGAAAAAAAGGAUCACGUGAACACAUCCUCUGGCCACAACGAAUCUGAAGGAAUGAAUGAAUCAACUACAUCGUCUAAUAGCAGUCGAGCCGAGAAAACGAAUAAUUCAAUUCCAUCCCAUGAUCAAAAUGAACAAGGAAGAAUAAAUAAAGAGAAUACAACUUCUACACAUAAUGAUCUCAAAAGAAAGGUUGAUUCGGUGGCUAGUUCCUCUGAUGUCUCUGAAAGUAAUAAAUCAGGUGGUUCAAAAAUAUCUUACAGUACAAAUGAGCUUGAUUUGCUUGAAUCCAUAUUGAAGACGGAAACAAAUCAAAAAUUAAUUAAUCGCCUUCUUGGUUGUGCCUAUGGACAAGCCCUUGGUGAUGCAUAUGGUUUAUCCACUGAAUUUGAGACACGUGAAGGAGUUGCGUAUAAUUAUCAAGAUCGUUCAAAGAUAAUUCCAUUUCCAGACUAUAUCUUAACUGGACAUUCUAGCCGAUGGAAAAAAGGUGAUUGGACUGAUGAUACAGAUCAAUGGAUAUUAAUUUUAGAAGCAUUAACAGAAACCAAUAAUGAUGAACCUGAAGAAAUAGUUUUUGCUAGAAAGUUAAAAAAUUGGAUUCGAUGUGGAUAUCCAGAAUUAGGUGAUCAUGGUGGGAUGGGAUUAGGUGCCAACGUAUCGCAGGUAGUUCAUUCUCAUGGUUAUAUUAACGAUCCACUCAGAGCAAGUGAAGCAGUAUGGAUACGGAGCAAUCGUCAAGCAGCACCGAAUGGAGCUGUUAUGCGUUGUUCAGCAUCGGCAUUUGUUCAUUUUAAAGAUCAAGAAAAGGUCAUAUCAACAACCAUGCUAAUGUGUAAAACAACUCAUUUUGAUCCUCGAUGCAUUGCUUCAUGUCUUGCUAUUUGUUUAACUAUUACUUAUCUAUUGAAUGAAGAUUUUGAUGAAAAUGAUAUUGAAUCAUUAAUAAAACGCGUUCAACAAGAAACUAUCAGAAUACUUGGUGAUAGUUUUCUUGACGAACAUCGUCAAUUAUUCUUAUGGCAUACAGAUAAAGAACGUACACUCGAGGAACUAGAUCUUGACGAAUCAAGAAGUAUUGGUUAUACAUAUAAAUGUUUAGCAUCGGGUUUUUAUGGAUUAAGAUCUACACGUUCGUUUGAAGAAACAUUAAAUGAUCUUAUUCGGUAUGGAGGUGAUGCCGAUACUAAUGGAGCAGUAUGUGGAACUAUGUAUGGUGCAAGAUAUGGCUACAGAGCACUUCCUUACUCAUGGCUGAGAGCAAUGCCAUUCAAAAAAUGGUUUGAUAAAAAAAUUAUUCAAUGUUUCGAACAAAUGGAUUUGAUUGAUAUGCACUAA